AUAGUGUCUUGCCUCGCGCAUCCGAUGCCAGCAGCGCGUCGUCCGAAGCUACACUCCGCUGUGGCAAACCCCCCUUACCUUUGCUACUCCCCACGAUCAUUGCGACAUGGAGCUAACGCAGUUCAUACAAGUUUACAGAAAGCCAUAGCCGCGUCACGGGCCAAAGCCUAGCAUUUAUCGAUAAUGACAGAGCCGGGUCUACAUGGCCAAGCUCGCUGAGCAAGCCGAGCGCUACGACGAGAUGGUCACCUACAUGAAGGAUGUCGCCAAACUCGGCGUUGAGCUCAGCGUCGAGGAGCGUAAUCUGCUCUCGGUUGCCUACAAGAACGUUAUUGGAGCCAGACGUGCAUCCUGGCGUAUCAUCUCUUCGAUCGAGCAGAAGGAGGAAUCAAAGGGCAACGAGGCUCAGGUAGGCAAGAUCAAGACUUACAGAAAGAAGGUAGAAGCCGAACUGUCAGACGUGUGCACCGAUAUUCUCGAGGUCCUGGACAAGCACCUCAUUCCCUCUGCGCAAGCUGGCGAGAGCAAGGUCUUCUACCACAAGAUGAAGGGCGAUUAUCACCGAUACCUCGCCGAAUUCGCUGCUGGCGAUGGUCGAGCAGGCGCUUCUGAGGCCGCCCACGAAUCCUACAAACAGGCCACCGAGAUUGCGCAGAGCGACCUCGCACCGACGCAUCCCAUCCGAUUGGGUCUGGCACUCAACUUUUCGGUGUUCUACUACGAGAUCCUCAACUCGCCCGACCGCGCCUGCCAUCUCGCCAAGCAAGCGUUCGAUGAUGCGAUCGCCGAACUCGAUACCCUCUCUGAAGAAUCAUACAAGGACUCUACGCUCAUCAUGCAGCUCCUACGUGACAAUCUCACCCUCUGGACUUCUGACAUUGCCGAUCAGGGUAGGCCUUGGGCCCCUGCAGAUCGCUAAGUGUGGCUGAGUCAAUCUGCGCAGAACAACAAGCAACUGAAAUCAAGCCAACCGAAGCACAGGCUGCGUCGGCUACGGAAGCCGCACCCGUCGCUGCCUAAAAGGCCCCUACAUUCGCGACGGAUGUCGCGCAAGCCUGUUCAAGACUGAGCAAACGAUCGCCAUACUAGCAGCAGUUGUCACUCGAAACGUUAGCUUUUCAUCUCUGUCGAUCUUGUGCUGCGGUAUUGAGCAUCUCGAUGAUCGUCAAGUCUGGAUCUAGCUCGGCUUGGCCUGCAGGAGGCAUGGGUAAACUGAAAGACUUGACGCGCACG